AUGGCUGACUCUGAUCCUGGGGAAAGAAACUAUGAUAACAUGCUGAAAAUGCUUUCCGACCUGAAUAAGGACCUGGAAAAGCUAUUGGAAGAGAUGGAAAAAAUCUCAGUGCAGGCAACCUGGAUGGCCUACGAUAUGGUGGUCAUGCGUACCAACCCCACACUAGCAGAGUCCAUGCGCCGGCUGGAGGAUGCCUUCCUUAACUGCAAAGAGGAGAUGGAGAAGAACUGGCAAGAGCUACUCACCGAGACUAAACGCAAGCAGUAAGCCACCAUCUGUCACCAACCUAAGUGCAGAAGCCAGGGGCAUGGGU